AUGUGCUCCUACUCCUUCCUCUACUACUAUUGCGGCUGCGACGUCUUCAUGAUCGACGAUAGUGUGGAAUACUGCGGCAAUCGAUAUCUCAAUGGCUACUCAGUCGAGAUCUGGAGCGCCGAUAUGUGCAAAGACCGAGUGGUAAAGUGCAAUGGGAGGAGUCGAUGGUAUUGUUCCGAAUGCAGCGAGGACCAUACACUAGAAUAUGAGCUGGAAGAAUAG